UUUAACACGAUUGUUGUGACCGUUCUACAGAGCCCUGCGUCUCUGUUAGCAGAUGAUGCUAGUUCUCAGGACACUGCUGUCUCUGGCUGUGUGGAUCUCUCCUUUCUGGAGGAGGCACUUUUGUCAUCACCGGCAUCCUCUCUAGGAAGUGGAUGUCCAGAGGUGCAAGAAGAUCCCAAUGUCCAACUAGUGGAACAACAGAAAGAGUCAGAAGAGAUCUGUGACAUUCUCCAGCAGAGUCUCCAGGAGGCUGACAUCACUGAGGACACUCUCGCAUUUGAAGCAGGACUUGCCCAGACACCAGAAACUCUCCAGCUUGGUUUGUCUGGCACAUCUCUUCCUUUGCUUGCAAUGCCACAUUUCUCCAAACCAUUGACCGCUCCUGGCUUGAUCUCUUUACCAAAGGACACUCAACCUGCAGUGGAGCCUCCUCAGCCAUCUUUGUUAGCUGUUGGCCCAGGCUGCCCCUCACUCAGACCUCCAGGAACCCAGUUAAUGAGUCUACUCUAUGGGAAUGUAUUCCCCACACCUCGACUCGAGGCAUCCUUUUCUAUUAAUUCAGCACAAAACACCAGCAUGAUUAUCCAAAAGACCCUACCAGGCCUCACAAGCCGCCAGAUGUUGGCCUCCACCGUUAGAACAAUUACCCCUUCAGAGGUCAUCUUACAAAAAACUCCUCUACCCAUUCAACCUAAGUUACCAAUCAACAUCCAGCCCAGGCUGGUUCAGCUCAGUCCCAGGCCAGGAUUUGCCUUCAUCUCAACAAAUACAUCACAGAGUGUCUUGUUAUCCCCUUCUGUUGGCUCAAAGCAGUCCUUACAAGAACAGUCCACACCAAGUGUCUGCAAACCUGUUAGCAUCAAUCUGGUUGGUCAGGGAGGCCCAAUUGUCAUUCAGCCCCAGGAUCCUUUUCAGGGCCAGAGACAAUUCUUUCUGCCGAACCAAACACCUGCAACUAUGUCCCAAUCUACCAGCAUACCAAGGUGUAUUCUUAGUACACCAAGCAAUCAGGUGUCUAACGAACCCAGUGUUGACAGUUCUCAUAUAGUGACUGUACGGCCAAGGCAAAUCAAUUUCAGCCCUAUUUUCACCUCCCCACCUGGACAACUCACCCUCAAACAAGGGGCUCUUCUGUCAGGGUCCUUACCAAUUCGAUCAACACCUCCUACAGUCUUCCAGAUGCCAACACAGCUAGCAGGGACCUAUGCACCUCAAGUGCAGGGGCAGCAUGAUGCGGUAGUUGAAAACACUGUUGGAAACCAGAUCACACGGAUUAAUAAUGCCAAUAUGCUUAUUCCUGAAAUGACCACCAUACCAACAGUAAAUGGUCAAUCAGUGAUACAAAGUUUGCCUUUGGUGCCUCAAAGUGCUCUAACAGGGGGACCUGAGGGAAAGGUGCAUCUUACCCAGAAUUCUGUGCUUCUCUUGCCUGAGAGAACAAUAGAAGAUCAACAGGAGAAUGUCAACAAACCGUUUCAAGAGAGCAUAUUGCUUCCUCCAGCUUCAGUGGAAGCACCUGUUGCAGAGACUCACUCUCUGCCCUCUCCAUUAUCAACUUUACGACAGUCAUCACCAGAUAUCAGUUGUGACUCUGAGACCGUUUUGUCAUUAUCCCCACAACUGAUCACUCAGACAGGAGAGCAACAAUUUACUGAAGGAGAACAUAAUCUAUUGCAUCACAAUCAGGCUUUAGUACAUCCUCACCAACAGUGUCCAUUAAAACUGUCAGCCAGCCAAGAUUCCUUAGCUGCAACUCUGCUUGUCCAAAUGGACAACCACACCUCUUCUGCUGUAGGUGAAUCUGAGGCUUCGCUCACAUCCUUGACUGCAUCUGAGACUUUCUCUUCAUUGUGUGAGAGUGAAGAGACUCUUAUGCCAGCAUACCAUGGUUCAGAACACACUGAUAUUCUUUUGCAAACUCCUAUUGGCCAGACCUCAGACACAGACAACAUGAAGGGCUCAACACCCCCAGUCUCAGAUGAGCAGGAUUCCUCUGUGUUGAUUGCUCCUGAUGCUGAACCCAAGUGUCAGGAGGGGCCCGUAACGAGUAAGAGACCUUCCUCUUCCUCAGAGAAGUUGUUUAUGUAUCCAGAGCAAUUGGGCCAAAGCCAUGUGUUAACUGAGCUUAGCAGAACCCCAGAGUCAACAGCUCAUGUGUACAAGCAGCAAUACAAUGAACAUGACACAGAGCUCACAGUCCUUAGGAACAGUGGGAUCAUCUCUUUGGAUCAGCAUCAGUCACAGGAGAAGGUACAUCUCGGGCCCAGGCUGCUUACCCACAACAAGGAAACCUACUCGGCACUUCAGAAGAACCAGGUCCAGACUUCAACUCCAAAAGAGGAGAAGCUGAGACUAGCAGAGAGGCAACACAGGUUCAGACAGCAGAUGCUUUUGGACCACAGUGCUGUUCUCAACCCAAACACUUCGGCUCCAUUUGUUUCACUGGAGGAUGCUUUGAGACAUUUGUUGCCAUUCCAUUCUUGUGCUAGGGCUCUGCCCAGCCAGGCUGACUUUAUCUCAGUUGACAAGCAGUUUGAGUGUGCUUCAGUUGUUCUGCUGAAACGAAUCAAAGACAUGCUGAACAAGUACAGGAAACAACUUCUGGCUGAAUCCCAGCAGGAGAGCCCAUCAGCAGAGAUGGUGAUGCUAGAGCGUUUGUUUCUCCAGUCAGAGAGAGUCUCACUGGCAGAGGACAGACGCAGAGCCAGAGGAGAACCAGCAGAGUCCUUCCUCAAGUCCCGGCCCAAGAACUUAUCUCAGUCGUCAGUCCACACUGGCCUUGCAUCUCCACCAUCAUGGACCUUGCAAUCUGACAGACCCCCUGGCCUCAAGACAUAUCGCUCCAGCAGCAAAGGAGCAAUACGCCUCACUAUCAAACAUGAGUCAGGAUCCCGCAAAGUUAUCCAAAACUCAUGUGACGCCUCGCAUGCCAUCUCUGGGUUUAAACGAAACUACAGCGGGCAGUUAACUAAAGGAGGCGCCAUUCACAGGAAAGAUGAAUCUCUUAAGCCUCCCUUGUCAAAUGUUGCAGAGAAUAAAAAUGAUCAAAGGCCAGAUCAGCAGAUCAAGCUAAAAUUGGACGUUGACAUGGAAACAAUAAGGACAGGUAGCGAUUCGCAGAACCUCUCUAAUUCUGUGGCCAGUCAAGACUGCGUCAAUCCAAGGGUGCAAGGCUUGCUUCCAGAGCAGUGCACUCCAAUGCUUAAAAGGAACAAGCUGGAUCCUUCGGCAACAGUAUCUCCCAGUUUGCCUGCAUUAGUGGAAGACGGGGAACUGAGUGAACACCUGCAAAGUGCUUUAGACAGUAUCCUGGAGCUGCAAAGGUUGCAGGGUCUUAAACCCAAGAUUCAACAGCCUCGUGCACUGGAUCAGGCCGUCAGCUUCAUGCUAGAAAGACAACUUUGAGACAAGAGCUAGAUGAGAGGAAAAGCCUAAAGAUUCAGGAUAUUUGGCUUUCACAUCCCACAAUCCACAUUCAGCAGAGACUCAUUUUUAUUUAUUUUUCCUGAGGAAUAAAGUCCUAUUAAUUCUUCUUCUUAUUAUUGUGUAAAUAGAGUAAAUUGAAUCUGGGACGUUUCUUGAAUCUUUGGAACCUUUUUGUGGAGAUACAGUAUUCUAAUUGAUAGUCUUCUAUCAGUUUAAGACAAAUUCAAAAACAAGUGCAGUUUGGCAAUAUGUACGUAUAUGCCAUUAUGAUGUGAAUGUGUCUGUAACAAGGUUAUUGCUCUUUUGUUGGGGACUUUGGUUCGCUUGACAUCAUUUGGAUGUUUUUCAUAGCUCUUUACCAAACUCUGGGGUUCCUGAGGAAGCAAACCAGAGUACAUAUGAAAACAGCGGCUUGGGUACAGUUCAUGUGGACGUAAACUGGCCUAACAGUCUUAACCUGUGAAAACUGCCUUAUACAGCAAUCGUGAGAAUGAACCAAGGCAAAUUGCUUGGUCCUAACUCAAGCUCAAAAAACACCAGCCAACUGACAUCAAGCAGACAUGUCUCUCUAGUGUGAAAGCAGCCCAUGUGUUGUAUACACAGACAGUUCAGAGAAUGAUGUUGGUUCCCACUUGUUUACCCCCAAAGAAAAUAUACCCCAUUUCAUUCUAAAGUCACCAGCAAAACCAAUUUAAGCACCAGUGAGAUUUCAUAAACGCGUUAACUUAACACAGACUGAAAAUUUAAAUGUAACAAUCUCAUUAGAUCAACUGGCAGAUGUAAAGUAUGCCUUAUUCUGUCUCUGCAAUGAACUGUACUAUUCCAGUUGUGCUUUAAAGGGUUACUCCACCCCAAAAUGAAAAUUUUGUCAUUAAUCACUAACCCCCGUGUCGUUCCAAACUGAUUAAUGACAACAUUUUCAUUUUGGGGUGGAGUAUCCCUUUAAGACAAGAUACAAAAUUGCAAAAGCAAUAAGCAGCAGAUGGUUGAGAAAAUAUGGUUGUGCCUCAAUCAAAAUGCAACAUUUGCUUGCUUUUCCAUUGCUAUAGAUCAUGCAGCUGUCACUCCUGAUGUUCUACACACACUUAGUAUUGUUAGAAUACAGAUCUUUUUAAAAAACAUUCCAGCGUCUGUUCACCAAAACCUAAAACAGCAACUACUGACAUCCAGUCUAUAGUUAGAUAUAGGAUUAUAGGCUAUAGGAUUAUUUAUUUUAAUGUUUUUUUUCUUGACAAUCUACUAGGUCAUGCUCACGUUAUGCCAGCAAUGAUAACUUCCUAAUUAUAUAAUGGAGUAGUAUGGCAAGGCAUUUUAUAAGUGUUUCUUUGUCCUGUUAGUCACUCGAUAUACAUUACAAAUAUUGUGCUCAAGUUGUAUGUUCAUGUAAACUUUUUACAUAUUGCUUCCCUGACAAAUGCUAUGCACUCUCUUACAGAAUACUUAGCCGCCAAACUAAACUGUGACUGGCCCUAAAUGUGACAAGAUGUUUGUAACAAACUGUUUUUUUUUUUAAUUUAAACUUAUGUACUAUACUGUGAAAUGUAGCAUAUUUGACACUGAUCCAAAACUGAAAUUUGACAAACAGAUUGUUCAGAUGCCGAGGCCUUAAAGCUGCUGUAGAAGAUUGUCAGAAUCACUAGAUAAGCCACUACUGAUGUGAACCCCCACUUUAGACCCAAUAUGACAAGUGACAAAAACACUAAGCUUUUUUCUUUCUUACAUUUCUAUAGACUAUUUAUUGAA